AUGGGGCAGUCGGUUCCCUCCGAUUCCCUUUCCUCGCCCCCGGCCGAAAGGAAAAAAGGGCAGCCAACCGCCAGGGGCCCUUCGUUCAAAAGCAAGAAAGCCCCGGACUUCAGCCAUUUACAUCCGGACACGGAAGCCUCCAUCAGACCAACAAAUAGAUGCAGUGAACGAAAAAAAAAUUUCAUCCAUACACAACAAAUGAAUGCAAUGAUUCUGGGGAUUGUGACGAGAUUGAAAUGCCGGCUUCAACCGCUGCUGUCUUCAUCGCGGGUUCAUCCGAUAAAUGCCAAAGGACCGUAA